GCUCUAGGCCGUCCGUCUCCGUCCCCGCGUGCGUGUUAGAGAUAAGAUGUCCUCUUGCCAGUGACCCGGAACGGGGCUAGCUCUCGCCAUGGAGCUGCCGCUGUCUGCGCCGCGCGCGCAUGCCGCCGCUGCCUUCCCCCGCAGCCCCACUUCUAUCUCCCGCCUCCAAUGGGUAGCCACUCCCCACAGCCGCGCGCGCCCUCUGCACGCCCGCAGGAACAAGAACCCGAGGGGCGACGCCGCGGAGCCCAAAGUCAUCACCAUCGGUCGGCCCGGGAAGAAGAGCAAGCGGCGCGGCGACAAGAAGCAGGAUCAGCAGCAGCUCCCCGCGGACCAAGAAGAUGAAGACGACGAGGAGGAGGAUGACGAGGAGGACGAGAGGGACGUGGCGAUCCCGGAGGUGGUGACGAACCGGAUGAUGCGGCGUGUGGGGGCGUCGGUGGGGCUCCCGCUGGCGCUGGGGCUGGCCUUCUUCCCGGCCUUCUACUACCUGAAGAAGGUGGCGAAGGUGGACGUGCCAAGCUUCAUUCCCUACGGGCUGUCCUUCGUGUUCUUCGGGGCGGCGCUGGCCGGCGUGAGCUACGGCAUCGUGUCCGCCAGCUGGGACCCCGCCAGGGAGGGAUCCCUGCUCGGCUGGAACGAGGCCCGCCGCAACUGGCCCGUCUUCUGGGAGUCCUUCCGGGGCACCCCUCCUCCUCCGAGCCCUCCUCGCCGGGGACGAUGAUGAUAGGCUGUGGUGGUAACUCGGUUAAGCUUAAUUACUUGUUUCCCUCAGUUUCUUCUUCUCGCUGUACGCCUGUACGUAGCUGUAGUUGUUCUUGUGAGCGCGCGUGUGUGUAAAACAAUGAGAUUUUGUUGCCCAAUCACUCAACAGUAA